AUGGCUGGCGUAUCUUCGUCCUUAACAUUGGCGGUCGUGAUCUAUUUUGCGUUCUUUCUUCUCGAGGCGUCUAUUGCGCGCGCCGUGGUUCAGGCCCCCAUGUCUGCAAACGAUAGUGAGCUCGCUUUCCAUGCUAUCGGUGCGCUCGACGACGAACCGAGGUUUCCUCUGUCGCUCGCCGCGACACUCACGCUCCCACCACUCCUGUACGCGCAACGCGCUACCCCACUGUCCCGUUACAGUGAAUACGCUGCUCGCAAUAAAGCCGAUCCUGGGCGUGACGCUAACUGCGAUGCAUCCGGAAACGUCGCUUACCUGAACUUUUACAUGCAGUCUCUGAAGGGAAGCAUGCCAACAGAUAUCAGCCAGCUCUCCGCUCUCACCUACAUCAACCUCUGCUACAACCUGCUGCAUGCCAGCUUCACGCCUUGGACCGCCACUCUCAUGCAAAUGCCGCAACUUAUGGAAAUGCGAUUCUGUGCCAACUGGUUCUACGGCACCAUCCCAACAUCCAUCGUUACCCUCACACGCCUGACGACCCUCACGUGGGUGGGCAGCACAGGGCAGUGCACGGGGGAGAAGGCCUCCCAGUCCUCUCCCUACUGGGCUGGCGUCAAAUGCUCCGACACUGGUGCUGUCACAAGCAUCUCUCUGCGCACGCAAGGCCUCUCUGGAUCGCUGCACUCCUCCAUCGCUGCACUUGCAACCCUCACUUCCCUCGACCUGAGUUCCAAUCUCUUCAACCAGCAGCUGGAUGGCUUUCUCUCCGACGUGGUCUCGCUCACUCAGCUCCAGCAGCUGCUUCUCGGUUACAACUGGUUCUAUGGCUCAAUCCCCACCACCAUCUCUCAGCUCUCUCAGUUAUCUGGCCUGUCCCUCUUCUCCAACUACCUCACCGGUUCACUUCCCGCACUCCCCUCCUCCCUCCGAGCCCUAGACAUCGCCUACAACUUCCUCUCCGGCUCGCUCCCCACCCUCCCCACCUCCCUCUCCCACUGCGCCGCCGAGCACAACUGCCUCAUCCCCGCCGCCGCCGUCCCCUGCGCUCGCUUCGGCUCCACCCAGCGGCCUGCUGCAAUGGCGGGAGUAACAGCGGCUUCAGCAACGGAGCGGUGUGCGGUGUGCGGGAUGGGGACGGCGACGGAAGCAAGCGUGUGCUUUGAUGGGGAGUGUGUGGUGACUGCGGCCCAGAAUGUUUCUCAAGGGGGCCCUAACGGGCCGGCUCAAGCCGUGCUGGAUCUGCAGUGCACAGGCAGCUCACAAACCUCCAUGGCUGAUGCUACAGUAAACGCUUUACUUGCGCUCAAGACCGCGUUGGGAGUGACGUCCACGGCAUGGGGCAGCGGGGGGUGCAAUGUGGAGGGAUACACCUCGGGCUCUGAUUGGCCCGGUGUUGCCUGCGACUCCCUCGGGAACGUCCUCUCCAUUGAUCUAACGAGUCAGAAGCUCAAGGGGUCCAUGGCCUCGGAUGUCACUGCUCUCACAUCGCUCACUCGCCUCACCUUCGACAGCAACCUCCUCUGGACACCACUAGCCUCCUUCGUCUCCUACUUCUCCUCUCUCUCCAACCUCGUCGUGCUAGACCUGCAGUACAACUGGUUCUACGGCACGCUGCCUGCCUACCUGCUCAACCUCCCCGCCCUCACCAGCCUAGCCUUAGGAGGCAACUAUCUCACGGGCACCGUACCCAAGCCCACCUCAACCACGCUCGCCAAGCUCACACUCACCAACAACUUCCUCACAGGCUCGGUCCCCUCGCUGCCCUGCAGCUUCUCGGGACAGGGACGCUAUGUGGGGGUACGAAAGUGUGCAAGCCAGACGCUAGUGGGCCCCUAG